AUGCCUCCUACACGGACACAAGGCGCAGACAGCGCUGGAGAGCCUUCUACAUCCAAGGAGGCGCGCAAGGUGCGCAACAAGAGAUAUGGAACGCAUCAUCCGCCCAAGGAGUCUGCUGCUCCCGGCGUCUCGAAAUUGAAGGCAGCACUUAGACAGACAAGGAGACUGCUUGCAAAGGAUAAUCUCGCGGCGAAUGUACGUGUCGAGACUGAGCGAAGGCUCAAGUCGCUCGAAGGGGACCUUGCAAAAGCAGAAGUAGGGAACAAGGAGCGUACCAUGGCCAUGCGAUACCACAAAGUCAAGUUUUUCGACAGACAAAAGCUCGAGCGUAAGAUUAAACAGACGAAGAAACAGCUCGACGAUCCCGAACUCUCAUCAAAGAAGAAAAAAUCCGUCGAGUCAGCGCUCUUCGAGCUGCGCGUAGACUUGAACUACGUCACGAAUUACCCCAAAACGGAGAAAUACAUCUCGCUGUUCCCUCCUGAUGUACGCACUCAUGAGGGAGCGGCUCCCGUGCACCAGCUGGUGAGCACUGGUGUCACUGAUAUAAGACGAGAGGAACUUCGUGCGCACAUCCGGGAGCGGAUGCAAGCGGGGCAGAUGAGUACAGAGCCCGAGUUAUUAGAGCGAAUGGAGCAUGCAGUGGAUACGGGUUGGCAGGAAGCUGAGAAAUCUGGAUACAAAGAGACAGAGAAGCGGAAGAGCGCGCAGAAAGUCAAUGGGCAUAGGCAACACGAGUCGCGCGACGAUUUCUUUGAGAGCGGUGACGAGGAUGAAGAGAUGCAGGAUGCGCAGGCGGAUGAGGAUGUGGAUGAGGAUGCGGAUGCGGAUGAAGAUGAGGAUGAGGAUCAAGUGGAACUCCGUUCAAAACCUCAAGUCGAGGCCAAGGCCCCGAAGAAAGCGAAAAGCAAAGGAGAGAAGGGUCGGUCAAAGAAGAAGGAUGGUCAGAAAGCCGGCCGCAAGGCAGAAGACAGCCGAGAGAAGAAGCUUGUCGCUAUGAAAGACGAUUUCUUUGAAGGCAAUGGAAGCGACGAUGAAUGA